AUGAGGAACAGGCACAUCAACAUCUCUCUAAACUACGAGUGGGAGCAACUGAAUACGGAAAUAUGGCACAUGGUGCAGACGGGGAUGGCUGCGCCUUACGGUGGGGGUGUCUUUCCCCCUCCGGUGAACGGGGUAGCCGGGGUGGUGGGGGCGGCAGGAGCCGGCGGAGACGUCAAGCCGCCCCCGCCGGUCUCCGUGAAGGAGGAGGCGCCCCAGCAGCCGCCCCCUGGCGGCCCACAGGUGCCCCCGCCCGCGGGGGCACCCCACCAGGCCGCCCCUGGCGCCCCCGCCGCCGCCAACUUCAGCCCGCCACCGCCUCCCAAUGGCGUCGAUCAGCAGGCCAUCUCGGAGGUGUUCCAGGCGGCAGUUGCGGCGGCGGCUGUUGCAGCUGCAGGUGGCCAACAGCCAGCACCAACUCCCGGUGGAAACGAAGCUAGUCCCGAAGGUGGAACCGACACCGGAACUCUGGUACCAGUGACGUCAGGUGCGACGACGCUGGCCACCGUGACACAAGGCACAGACCUCAAAGGCCAACCAAAGCGCCUCCACGUCAGCAACAUACCCUUCCGCUUCCGGGACCCUGAUCUCAGGGCGAUGUUCGGGCAAUUCGGGCCGAUCCUCGACGUGGAGAUCAUAUUCAACGAGAGGGGAAGCAAGGGAUUCGGUUUUGUAACAUUCGCAAAUAGUGCUGACGCGGACCGGGCACGUGAGAGGCUACACGGCACCGUGGUUGAGGGCAGAAAGAUUGAGGUGAACAACGCGACAGCGCGGGUGCAGACGAAAAAACCGACGACGGUGCCGAACGUGUGCGUGCAGUGGCCAGAGGCUGCAGCACUCAGGGGAGUCGCCAUCCAGCGGGGAAGAGUCGGCGCUGCCAGGGCCGCGUUCCCCACUAGCGCCGCUGCACUUGCACUUACCCGGAACCCCGGGCCACUUGCAGCUGCAGCUGCCGCCACGGCCCUGCAUCCCUUCGGACACGCUGUCUAUUACGACCCCUUCCUAGCAGCACAUGCAGCGACGCAGGAUCCUAACUACAGGCUGCAGGCGGCGGCCGCAGCUGCCGCAGCGUCUCCGCUCCUGAAGACGCCCCUGUCGACGGCCCAGCAGGCGACCUAUGCAGCUGCAGCGACCUACACGGCAGUUGCAGCGCGCGCCUACGGUGCAGCUGCAGCGGCAGCGCAACCAGUCGCCGGAUACGCCGCAGUCGCGGGUUACGGGAGGGAAUAUGCAGAUCCCUACCUCGGACACAGCAUCGGACCAGUCGCCGGUUACGGGGCGACGGUGUACAGAAGCGGCUACAACAGGUUCGCGCCGUAUUAAGGCUGAGCUGCAGCCUUGGAAUCCAAGUACAGUGUUAUACUCAGCAGAUCAUGACCAGAGAAGCGACAAAAUCAUCAUCCCCUCGACGACCCUCACCGCCGAUGCUAGCCUUGGUAGCACUUUGCAAGCACACCCUUCAGCGUGCUGUGCCGCGAGUCCAAGUGAAACAAGGAGCGGCUCGCUGUUGUAAUUAACACAAAACCGACCCGAAAACUUCUCCCGAAACCCUCGUGUCCCCGUCGCACGCUACAACAGCAGUUCAGAGACGUCGAAAGCAAGCCAAACUAUCAUGUUGAUAUACAUAUAUAUAAUGAUAAUAUCUAAAAUUAGUCCUAAAGUUAAUUAAGUUGCUGGAUCUUAAGCUAGUUGAUCGUAAGCUGCGACACCGUGGCCCUGGUAGGAGAGAGAGAGAAAGAGAGAGAGAGAGAGGAUCGGGCCACCGGUCGGAGAGCAAGGUCUCGAACCCCGAAAAAUCCGAAAGGAAAUCGUCAAGCAGAUCGUUCAUCUCGUCGGCUCGCCUCGGCCCGAUCGGAUGUGCUAACAUGACCGCUCGAGCGACUUUCGUCUCUUUUCUUGUUUUUUUUCUUCUUUUUUCUAGGAUUUUUUUAUACGUUUAUUUAAUCCAGCUCCUUCGCCAGUAGCUCUCGUAAUUUCUAAACGGGUCGAUCAACCGUGGGAUCGGUUAGAUCGGCUCGAUCGAGGCGAGAAAUACCCGGAGCGAGCUGUCGGGUCCUCUUUGAAGGACCCUGAAGGAGCGUCUUCAGGGUCUACGAUGCGGAUUCCGUAUAUUAAAAUUAGCGGAUCUCUCAGAAUUGUACAAUUCUCUCCCGAUACUCAUUCUACGCUCGCUCAGAAUUUGUAAUAUAGAUAACACGGAGAAAUACCCGCGAUUUGCGGGCGAGGUGCUCUGGACCCGGUCGGCCCUGGGAUGAUCGACCGUCUUGUUGGGAUCGGCUCUUUUCCUCUUGUUUUUCACUGGUUUCUUUUUUUUUAUUAAGGUAGAGAGGAUGGGGCGAUCGUGAGCGGAUUCCAACUGGAAUGACGAUUCUUGGAGCCGGCAUUUCCCGAAACCGUGCACCGGUAAUCCAUGUAAAGCACGAGACAGUAGGUAGCUAGUUGUAGCGAGUGUUUGCGUUCUACGUAAGAAAAGAAGCUGGUAGGUUUCUAUGCCAAAUAUGUGUGUAGGUCGCGAAGCCGAGCACGUUAGGUACACUAGUUUAAUAGAGUUUAAAAUAUAUCCGGAAGCCCUCUGGACCGACACAAACCGGAUCCUGAUGAUCACAGGGUCUAAGUCACUUGCACACCCCCUCUCUCUCACGCAGGUUCUAAUCAAACGAGAUCACUCGUAGUUUUGCAUUCUGAUAGCGACUUUCGAAUUUGUCCGAGGUGACUAUGUAGAUAUAUUCUCGCGCUUAGAGAAGAGUCCUUCAAAUGAUUUUUAGACACGCUCUUAGGUCCACUUCGCGAUGUCCUUGAAUAAGGAGCACGUAUGGCCAAGUUUCGGGGAAGGCAUUUUGAGAGGAGCACGCUUGUCACUUGUUUACUUCAUAUAUUUGAAUAAUAUCGGUUUUAUUAAACUUUUGCUGAGGAAGAAAUUUCUAGAGAUAUUAUUUAUGUACCGUUUGAGAGGUCUUGGGAAUAAUUGGAUAUUCGUGCUCCUUAUCUUUUGACUGCUGGCAGGAUAACGCACGGGGCGGCCUUCCUGGCUAAUUGCAAAUUUCUAAUUGUAACUUUAAAGAAUCGUACAAAUGCAAGAGUCAGGGGACGACCGACUCCCUUGCGAGUUAAUGGUAAAUGAUCCUCUAAGUCAUGUUAACUGACGAUCGACCGACACUUUCUACAUUUUAUCGUACAAACCCUUCGAGGAAGAAUUUCCUCAGCAUCUGAGUUGCGACACUCGCGAUCGGAACCUCGUCCUUCCCCUUGUACAGAGAAAAGAUAUCGAAACAUUUUUGCAAUCGCACAUGAAAAGACGAAACGCUGUUAGGGACAUGGACGAAACUAGGUCCUGAGUUUUAUGCAGUUUAAAUAAAACUAUCAGAGUCCUCGUUUCUUCCAUCUUCUCAAUUUCGCGCGAAUUACGAAUCUACCCUUUCAUCCAUUCGGGUUAAACGUCAGCGUCAGGCCAGAACAUCCUUAAUGAAUAAUUUCAUAGAAAAAGAAUGAUAUAUUAACCGACAAUUACAAUUACACAUAAUACUCAUACCGAUAUUGCAUGUAUCACGAAGUAAUACGACAAAGAGAGCAAUGAAAAUGGCAAUAAAAAUUCGAAUAGACGUGUCGAGCAAGAAACCCGAAAAAGAGCAAAACGCCAAAUAAGACCUUCAAGGGAAAUGUAACUCAUCGUCAAAUUAUCGCUACGUUGCUUAGACAGCAAUUAAAUGGCACCGAUAAUUACCCUGCUUCCACUUUGUUACGUGUCAUUAAAUUGCACGAUUGAAGUACUCUGGCCUGAUCCUGAAGUGCGCCACGAAGAGCACCAUCUAUGCAAUUUCACGUGCAUAUUAAAUUCCCGAAAUCGCUUCCAGACUCUCGGGCACCUGACAUGAUGUUCACUUCGCGUAUCACCAACCCCGCCGAAUAAUCAUCCGAUCAUUUCCAGGAACGAAAUCAUUGGUUUGAGUCCUGUAAGUCCGACUAGACGGACAUACUCGACUCAUGAACAGACUGCAUACUUUUUACGCGCACUUCGACAUGCGGCCCGCAAGUUGAGACUCUAAUUCUAUAUAUAGUUAUAUAUAUAAUAUACAUAGAUAUAUACAUACGAAUAACACUACACAUUACUGUCUAUCACGGUACGGCACAGUUUACCGAAUUCGUUUCGGCGAUUACAAGUUAAGUUGAGAUCGCAUCCUGUAGCCAGUUCUACCGAUCCGGAAUUAAUGCUAAAAUCCACCUAGAUUAUAUCGAUCGCAUAGAUCAAUUUCAAGUCGAAGACCUUCGCUGGAUCGUACCUGCGGUCCAGUCGAGUUCCUGAAGAACGUUCUUGAAGAGGCGACAGGCAGAAGUGCUCCUUUCCUCGAGGACCAUUUUCUGCAGCGGUCUUAACUGGAACGCCGGUUGCUAAUUAAUUGAAUUGUAAUUAAAUCGAGUGACUAUCGGUUGGACUGGGUACAAGCGUAGAUUUUGCGGAAGAUGAGGAACAUGGUACGCACACCAAGCCGAGUGAGUGAUAUCCCUGUUACUAGGUUAAGAGAAGUUAUACAUACGUCGUGUAAGUGCGAGAGCGAGAGAGUGAGUGCGUUUCCCACGUGCUGGAAGGAGACGAAGAGGAACACGAAGACGUGGUCGAGCCGAGGUGGCAGCGACAAAACUAGAGUGCGAGACCGUGCGAUUAAAUAGCCAAAUAUGACAAAGAUGUUAGGGAGCGCGCCAGCUAGUGGCGUUUACGUUUUAAUCCAAACUUGCUAGGAUAAUGCUAGGCUAGGGAGAGAACUUGCUGAGCCAACAAGAGACACGUCUCGUGGCCCACCAAAAAAUCAUCUUCAUUUCCCCAUCGUCUUCGAUUUCCCCGGUCACCUAAAAAACCAAAUGGGGGCUUUCAUUACUAUAAACUAAUUAAAAUAUGUACUUGCGAAUUGUUGAUAAUUUUAAACUAAAUUUAUACGUGUGUGGCAAUUGUGGUCCUGGUUCCAUCGAGCGGUGGAAGGCACAAUUGCUCCGAUUUAAAGAGCCUGUACAUGACGUUCAAGGGCCCAGGCACUCGAUUUCAGGGUCUGUCUCCUAGUUUCUCGCGGAAUGGAGGAAUUCCUUCCUUCGGGGCUUCUUCGGACUCUGACAUGUGUCUCUUGUCAGGCCUGGAAAGAGCAGAACUUGCGGGACGAGCGGACGCGGCCGCCAGGGCACACAUAUGUAAAUAGCGGAAAAUAGAUUGUCGAGCACAAAUCGCGCCCUGGGAUGGGGCGGGGCCGAUAUUAACGAUUAUUUGGUAGCUGUUACUCUCACAGACAUACUCACUUCUCGUAAGCGUAAAUUAAAGAUCUAGAGAUCCUAAAAACUAGCGAGGUCGCCAGGGUAGCGAGCGAUCAUCGGAUCCCCGAAGGAAAAGCUUCCUUUCGUGGGUCUCUUCGAGAUGACUCGCUUAGUCUACUUGCUACUCGAUGACUCUUUGAACGACGAAGCGAUCUCUCCUUGACAGGUGACUCCUGUCAACGGAUACGUUGACAGCGGUCACUCUUCUCCGCGAGCGAGAAAUAUUCUCUCUAUCUCGGCUGGUCCCUGGACAGGCUUUUUAUUUUUUCUAUAAUAUUUUAUACGUAACGCUACGUGCGACUUGAAAUUCACUCGCACUCUGCGGAAGGCAAAUCACGGCUGAGAAAUUGCGCUCGCGUUUUAACUUGGCUGAAUUAAUAAUAAUUGAACAGUCCAUCUCUCUUCUUGGAGAGCGAUUAGUGUAUUACUAUUCAAUUAUCCGCGAUUCCUUGCUGCACUGAUAUCGAUAAAAUUGUAAAUUGAAUUUAUUCUCCCCGCUUGCGACGCAAAUCUGUACAGGUCUCUCACGCUGAACAUUGUUGGGAAUUGUUUGUCCGAUGUUGUUAAAUCUUGUCGAGGUUUAACGAGUCGGUUUUUUCGACUUCUGGGAUGCCGAAGGCUUUGCUGAAGCUUCUGGGGAAGGAAACGCGAGAGAGAGAGGAUAGAUUAUCGGAAUCGUACGCGAGGAUGCCCGACUUCGAAUCCCUUGUAUAUUGUAUAACUGUAAAACUACAAUUUAUACUAUUCGUAAUCCAUACCUUUAACAGGUAGGCUAUUACCGUUAACAGAUAUAGAGAGUAAGUCGAGCUCAAACUCAGGCGAGGCUAACUCGCCGAGGAAUCGUUGUAUCGUUUUCUGUCGUGUGCACAACAUCGUCUUUUCUUUUCUUUCUUUAUUUUUUAUUUAAUCAUUAUUAAUUUCGAGUAUAUUUCUACUAAUACACCAACUUUCGCAAGGAUUUCUCGUCGAUGCCCACGAUUUCGCGGCAGGCCUAUCGGAGAAUCACUGAAGGGACUCGGAGAAACAAUUUGACAUAUCCAAUUAAAGAUCGGAGGUUCCACGAGACUCGACUGCGAAUUACAAGGAAGGACAACCUUUUAUUAUACUUCGGCUAUACUAAAUCUGUAAAAUGUCGAGUAAGGCCUUUAGGGAAGAAGAUAAAUUUUCGGAGAGAAUUUCUGUUUUUCUCAAUCGGCCGAUUUUCCCGAGUUUUCCUGAGAGCAGAAUUUUCUCAUCUUUGCUUUCGUCGCAGGGCCUUCGGAAUCGUUGCGUGCGGCUCGAUUGCGACUUUAGAAACGACCGAAACUCGAAAAUCUCGGCGUGGUAUGGAAAAACAACCGACUAGGAGAUAUUCAACGAUACGCACCAUAACGAUAUACCGUAAAGAAAUUUUUAAGUGAUUAUAGUUGGAUACAUGACUACAUCUUACGAGCAACAUAUCCUAGCGUAAACGAGGCAGGGCGCUGCGCGAGAUUAAUCCCUAUUAAUCCGUAUUAAUUCCGUAAUGUAUUCGAAAAAAUUCAGGAGUUUUCCAUGACGUUCCAGAAAAUGCAACUGCGCGAUUUCCACCGGAGGAAAUUUCCCUGUUAAGUAGAAAAAAAAAAAAUUCAUUUUAAGAUCCUUUCGAGAGCGCCUUCCAGACGAGCGCGGGCGCCCUGCCGAAAUUCGAUUUUUCGAUCGUAAAACGAGGAAAUUCUGUAAGAGAGGUAUGUUCCAUGACAUUACGACGUUAUCGCAUACUUUCUAGAGUGAAUGAGCGCGUGAAUGAAUGUUGGAAAGAAGGGAAAACUGCGAGAUAAAAAUUAACCCGCGAAGGAAUUCGCUCUUAGACCGCAUCCCUCGAAGACGCGGUAGCACCUACGGCGAGACAACCGAAAAUCCGUAAUUUUGACAGACAGCUAUUACCACUUUUGCUUUUUCCCCGAUGUUAACGACGAAGAAUCGCGGACUCGUCCGCAUGUAGCGACAGGCAGGAAAUUAAAUGCGGAGAGGGGCGACGAAAGGAGGUGCGAAAGAGGUCCUUAUUCGGACGAGAUCCCGAAUUUCGACUCUAUGUCGACCCGCGUCUCCGAAAAUUUCAGUCAAGAUUCACGAGUCUAUCGAUACGUACCUAUCCUUGCGGAUCGAUGCAAAAAUUCGGGAACCAAAGGACAGGACUCGAGGCUCGUUUAGUUCGAAGCGAAAAAUCACGUAAAAAAUCACAAAAAACUACUGAUAGUAAUCUAAGGUGUCCUCGUUAACACCUUUCUCGAUUGUCUGAUUUGAUGAUAUUUUGUAAGUCUGGACCAGUUGUUAGGUUCUUAUUACUCCCAUAGCGACUUCUUAUGGCGUAUUUUCUCUGUAUAUUGUCAAUGUUUAUUAUUAAAUAUUUUUCAAAUAAA